AUUCAACCUCCGUCCUCCAUCCUCCAUCUUUCAACCUCGCAACGGCAAGACACUGUUCGCGAAUUCAUCGCUGCACUCGACCAGCGUUCCCUUCGGCCUGUGUUACCUUCCUGUUCCACAUCUCGUUUUGUUCAUCUUUCCUUCGUGCUUCCUCGACUUCACUUCACCUCACCUCACCUCGCCUUUUGGAUCGCCCAAGUGUCUCGUUGGAUUACUUGUUGGAAUAUCGAUAGACCGAGCGAUAGGACCGUUCCUAAUGUCAUCAUCGGUAUCGGCAUCAUUCUCCAACAAACAUUUAAGAAGGCUGUUAUUUUCACUCUCUACAGAAGUUCACCCAGGCCAAAGGCCACCGUGCCUCCCUGACCGCUCCUCGACGUAGGCCAAGCGACUACAUCCGUCCCCCCAUCAGAGAGACUUCUUCGACAUUCAAGCCCCCCGCCAUGGGCGCCAGCAGCCUUCUAGCCAUGGCCAGGCGCUGUGCCAUCCGCCACAUCGACACACUCUAUGACGUUGGAAGCACCCACCCAUACUCCUUCUGGCGACCCAUCCUCCUCAAAGUCGACGACCCGGCUCAGCUCCGCACGCUGGAAGAGAAUUGCCCGCAACUCCGAGGCGAAACCGGGGAAAUCUGGCAGCGCUUCAUUCAGCGCGAUAUCCCACGCUGGGAGACAAAGCAGCGAGCGCCCGCGAACGAGAUCAAUUGGUGGAAACUGUACAGGAAGCUCAAAGCGGAAGCGGAUCGCGAGAAGGAUGCCCAGGAAGAGGCCCUCAAGGAGACCAUGAAGAAACUGAAAGAGGCGAAGCGCAAGAACACCACCACCAUUGUCGAGGCUAAGACCAUCACCAACUCGAUCCAUCAUCGUCGAUUUGGCGGCGCCGCGGGACCAAAAGCACCCCCAUCCGCGAAGAAUGCAAAGACUGCGCUCGACAAGCUGAAGAGAAGCAUGUACGAUUCACGCCAGGGUCAGCCGAAGGCAGCCAUGCUCCCGAACAAGCUCUUGGAGGAACGCAAGGGUCGUGUCGCGCAAGCCCCGAAAAGCAUGGUUGAGGAGAGGAGGAGGAUUCAGCUAGGAGCGCCGAGAACGAAGACAUGGACGAGCCAGCCUACCCCGAACACAGCUGCAAAAGCCUCGACUAUCGCAACGGGACACACCACGGAACAAGCUGCUGCGGAACAGGCUGCGAAAGAGGCGAGGCUGAGAGCACUCACCGCAGGCGGAGCGAGUGCACCCUUGAAGAAGCGCAAGAGGGCAGAGGUGGACCCGUUCAUGAAACCGGUCAAGCGCACGAAGCCUUGAAUGCUCUUGGGAAGCCUCGACUACUGAUUUCUUUCUUUCAUUUUCUCUUUUGCUGUUGUUGGGUUUCUUUCUGGACUAAAUGGAGGUCAGGUGGAUCUGCGGGAGCAUGGCAGGAUGGAUACCCUUUCUCACUGAGAAUUCCACAUGACGUUGGACUAAAUGGGGUUCAGGUGGAUCUGCGGGAGCAUGGCAGGACAGAUACCCUUUCUCACUGACAACCCCACAUGACGUACGUACCUACGAAAAGUUGAAUGAUAAAUGUUUAUGCA